CAAAAAACAGUAAACUCUACUAUGUCAUUUUUAUCGAAAUUUGAGGGCAGGAAACAUAAUAUAAUACUAGAGAAUUGAAGGACGGGAACCUAAAAUAAGGAAAAUCGAUUGGGCCGAAACCCUUCCCAUCUCUUUUACCCUAGACAACCAAAGGAUAUAUAAAUCUGCAUAAACCUCCAUUUACUUAUUCCUCCCCAUCAGAGAAGAGUAGCCGCCGCAGCAGCAGGAGCAAAUUCGGUUCUGCAGUUCAAUCAAUUAAAUCCUUCUUCAAGAGAAAAUGGCGGACGUUGAGACUGAAGUUGCUACCGGACCAAAGAAGAGAACGUUCAAGAAGUUCAGCUUCAGGGGCGUGGAUCUCGAUGCCCUCCUCGACAUGUCCACUGAUGAUCUCGUGAAGCUCUUCUCUUCUCGCGCUCGCAGAAGGUUCCAGAGGGGUUUGAAGAGGAAGCCCAUGGCUCUGAUCAAGAAGCUCAGGAAGGCGAAACGUGAGGCUGAACCCGGUGAGAAGCCCGGUCUUGUGAAGACACAUUUGCGUAACAUGAUCAUCGUCCCUGAGAUGAUCGGCAGUGUGGUUGGUGUCUACAACGGAAAAUCCUUCAACACAAUUGAAAUCAAGCCUGAAAUGAUAGGUCACUAUCUUGCUGAGUUUUCCAUUUCAUACAAGCCUGUCAAGCACGGUAGGCCAGGUAUUGGUGCUACUCACUCUUCAAGGUUCAUUCCUCUGAAGUAAGUCGUGGCUGCCUACCUGACUAGGAGUUUAUAUUGGUUUUGGUAGAGGUCAGGUAUAGACGCUACUUACUCUUCAAGGUUCAUCCUUCUGAAGCAAGUGGCGGCUUCCUACCUGACUAGGGAGACCAACUGAUAGUUUUGUUUGCAAGACUCCAAUUGGUGUUCCUUUCCAACUGUUUUUAUUUUGGGAUGUUGAGAUUUUAUUCUGAGUAUCAGACAUUGUUGCUUAGCUGAGUACAUCUUAAUGUGAGAAAACUAUAUUUAGUUUUUGAUCAUCUUAAUGUUAUAAUACUAUAUUUAGUUUUUGAAUGAUUGCCUUUCUUUAAUGUGUGUUUUCAAUCUCCUACUGCUUGUUUUCUGGUGUGUUUUCCUUCUACGGAAAAACCAAAGAUCAUGCCUGAGGGCUGAGGGUGUGAAGUUCAUGCCUGAGGGUGUGUUCUAUUGCUAGCCAAUAAUGCAUUUGGCAAUUUUGAUGGGAUAUCUAUGUCGCGUUUAUGCGUCCAUUUGCUCGUUUUAUGCAUCCGUUUGCUCCCGUUUGCUCCUUGUUUUAUGCGUAUAGAGAGCCCAAUUCCAGUGAGAAGUUGUUAUGUUUGUGCAAAUUUUCUCAGAUAACAAUUAAGAACACUUUAAUAUAGUGGAGUUUGAUGUGCAAAUUUUCUCGGUAGAGUGGUGAAGUGUGUUUGUACAUAUGGUGUGCCGUUAACUCAUCCAACUUUGAACUUUCCUACCC